AAUCCGUCGUCUCUGGAACGCAGGAAAUUUGGGUUCCAGGAUGACAAUCGAGAAGGAUUAUUGUACGUUGAUCAAGGAAACUCAUCGGAAAAAAUGAAUCCCCAAUUACAGACAAUUAAUUCUCGAAAUAAAAAUGUCAUUAUUAUUCGCAAGGCGAUUAAUAUCAAAUCGACACCCAGGACUAACUGUAAUGCUUCACAGUUACCAGCGACAACUAGAAAAAUCGAGCAUAAAAUGUGUCCUGUGAAUCAGGCAAGAAAUUUUUCUCACUCUAAAGUGACUAAUCAUAAGGAGAUCUCACCGCCGAAGGAAGACGAGGGUGUAAAAAUCAACUUUAUUACGCGCGAAGGAGACAAAAUAUCAAUAAUGGCAAAUGAAGGGGAUAGCAUUAUGGACAUAACGCAGGCUCAUGACAUUGACCUUGAAUGCGCAUGUGAAGGAUCGUUGGCGUGUUCUACUUGUCAUGUUAUAGUUGAGCCCGAAUACUACGCGAAAUUGGAAGAGCCGUCAGAUGAAGAAAAUGAUAUGUUGGAUUUGGCAUUUGGAUUAACCGAGAC